AUGCCCAAGGCCAAAUGGUACGCAGUCAGGGUGGGAAGACGACCUGGCGUGUAUGCAAAUUGGGCAGACGCAGAGAAACAGGUCAGAGGAUAUCCUGGUGCUGUUCACAAAUCCUUCCCACACCCUCAAGCCGCCGAAGGCUGGCUGAGAUCCGGCCAACGUCACAACCCCACCGUCACUACCACUUCUCUAUCUCGCCAUCCCUCGAAACAGCUCGUAUCGCACGAGGAUAUGGAAUCAGACAUAUCACCCGUGGAAAUACCAAAACGAAAGUCGGUCCCAAUCCAUCUCAUCCGCUCAGAUUCUCUCCUCGGCACCGAGAUUACUCACACUACUUCUACCGAAGAUCCACUAUUAUCGGCUCAACAGGAAGAGAUUCUACGUAGGAUCUUGAAUGGCGAGAAUUACUUCUUCACCGGUUCCGCUGGUACCGGUAAAUCGGUUCUGUUAAGAGCGAUCAUCAGAUCAUUCAAGCAACGUGAAGCGGAUGAACAGAAUAACGCAGAAGAUACAUGGAAGAGGUACCUUUCUGGAGAGGAUAGGAAUGGACCCAGGACAGAGGUGAAAAGGUGGAAACUAGGAGUGGCGGCCAGUACGGGUAUGGCAGGAGUCAAUAUCGGUGGAUCUACCGUGCAUUCCUGGGCAGGUAUAGGACUCGGUGAACUACCUGCUCAGAAGCUGUAUGAGAAUAUUUUAAGGAACAAGAUCACGGCUAAAAGAUGGAAAUCUACAGGAGCAUUGAUCAUCGAUGAAGUCUCAAUGAUAGACUCCAAGCUAUUCGACAAACUCGAGUGCAUUGCCCGUAAGAUCCGAAAAGACGAUAGACCCUUCGGUGGUAUCCAAGUAAUUUUGUCAGGUGAUUUCUUCCAGCUGCCCCCAGUCACCAAAGGACAUCUGAACAAUUGUUCAUUCGCUUUCGAGGCUCUGAGCUGGAGUAAGGUGAUCCCAAGGGAAAAUAUGAGUAGUUUAACGAGAGUGUUCAGGCAGAAGGAAGAUCGAUUUGUGAAUAUACUGGAAAGUAUGAGAAAGGGAUUUAUCAAGCCUGAGGAUAUCGAGGUGUUGAAAGGGCUGAAAAGAAGUGUGGAGUAUCCGGAAGGGAUUGAGCCUGUUGGGCUAUACCCUCAAAAAGCGGAGGUAGCAGCAAUAAACUCAGCUAGACUGGAAGCUUUGGAAACCCCGCUUCAAGUAUUCAGCUCAUUCGAUAUACCUGGUGUCAACUCUCAUGGAUACCCCUUGGAAGCGAAACAAGCUACAGACUGUUUGAACAAAAAUACCAUAUGGCCUCAGGACCUGGAGUUGAAAGUUGGUGCUUUGGUUAUGUUGGUGACAGAUGGUGUGCUGGUAAACGGAUCGACUGGCACAGUUGUAGAUUUCAUGACCCUUUCCGAAGCAUCUUCCGUCAACAUCCACCCUGCCGCAGGAAAUUACGGUUCAGCUCCAGACCCAAAGGUGGCUUGGCCGGUCGUCGAAUUCAUACCUUCGAAGCAUGCCAUGGGAAAAGUAGCGAAGAGGGUUGUUGUGCCUCAGAUGUCGGUUGAUGUGUUGAAUGCGGCUGGAAGACCGGAAGCGACGAGACAUCAGAUCCCUCUCAUCUUAGCCUGGGCUUUGACGAUACAUAAAUCUCAAGGCCAGACACUUGAAAGGGUGAAGAUUGAUCUAAACAAUAUCUUUGUUGAAGGCCAAACAUACGUAGCGAUCUCAAGAGCAGUCAGUUUGGAUACACUACAGCUUCUAAACUUCUCAGCGCAUAAGGUCAUGGCUCAUAGUCGAGUGAUCGAGUGGGCAAAACCGUUUGAGCAAGAACAGAAAGAUGAAGAGGAAUGGGAUGAAUUGCUGGCUGGUGCUGAACUGGACUUCUGA